AUGUUUUCUUCAUCCAUUACUGCUCCCAAAGCUGAGAAGGCUACUUUUGCUGCAGGAUGCUUCUGGGGUGUUGAGAAAGCAUUUCAGAAGCAUUUCAAGAGUGAAAAGAUUACAACUCGCGUUGGGUAUACCGGUGGUAUUGACAGCUUUCCAACAUACAAGAAGGUCUGCUUAGGAAACACAGAACAUGCAGAAGCACUUCAAAUAGAGUACAUUCCUUCAGAAAAAAUCAACUAUCCUCUUCUAGUCGAAUUCUUUUACCGGAUGCAUGAUCCAACCACCCUCAACUAUCAAGGACCAGAUCGAGGAACUCAAUAUCGAUCUGCAAUCUUUUAUCAUUCCCCAGAACAAAAAGAGAUUGCUGAAAGAGUGACUGCAGAUAUCCAAUCAAAACAUUACCAAAAGAAAAAGAUCGUCACCCAGAUCGCUCCAGCUGCCACCUGGUAUGAUGCAGAAGAAUACCAUCAAAAGUAUCUGGACAGGAACCCAUUUGGAUAUGAAUGCCCUUCACACUUCUUGAGAUGGUAA